AUGGCGGCGUCGCACGGAUUGACGGCUCUCCUUCAUCGCCGCCUCGCAGACACGGCCUCUCUCGCUUCCGGAUCCUCCUCGUUCUUCGUUCCCUCGUUGGAUCCUAGCCUCACCCCGUCGUUAUCGCACCGCCAUCAACGCUCGUCCGUCGAUUUCCCCUCAGAUCAACAACUAGAUCGCUUCGUGCCAGCUGGCACCAGAGCUGCCGCCGAAUGCGGCCGCAGCCGAGGCGCCAGAGCGGGCACAUGCCAUGCCGUUGCUAGCGGCGGGAGUGACGGCGGCAGCGGCGGAGGUGCGAACUACGCUCGUAGCUGGCGAAACAAGGGCGAGAGCGCACGGGCUCGGGUGACUAUAGCGCGGGUGGGGAUUUCGAUGUCAGGGCUGUCGCUUGGCGGGUCUUAUAGCGGGGGCUCAGGGUCCAUAUCAGGCAGUGGGGAGGCGCAGCAGGGAUGGCAGCAGCAGCGCCGACCGCAGCAGCAGCAAAGGCCGGGGGGGAGACGCGGGGUUCUCCCGCAAAGGCGGCCAUCGGCGGAGCUGUUGUCGGAGGAACGGCGGAAGAAGGAGGUGGAGCGCGCAAUGCGCGAGGCUCGGGGGAAGGGGGGCGCGGAGGGGCUGGCGGAGGCAUUGCAGAUAGAGCCGCCGGCGCAGCCGCAGUGGCCGUUUUGGCGGAAGAAGCGCGAGUCGAGCUCCGGCGAGGCGCGCAUGCUGACGCGACGCAUCGUCGAGCUGGGGAAACGGCGACAGCUGGACCAGGUGUUUCAACUGCUGGACGACGCGAAGCGCAGCAGAAAGGCGGUGAACAUGAUCACGAUGAAUGCGGCCAUGGCGGCGUGCGUGAACUGCGGCGACAUCGACCGCGCGCUCGACCUCUUCGACGACAUGACGGCGGACGGCGGCACGGGCGUCGACUCCAUCACCUACGGCACGCUGCUGAAGGGUCUCGGUCGCGCAAAGCGGUUGGACGACGCGUUCGAGGUGUUGGAGGCGAUGGAGGACGGUACGGCGCCGGGGCGGCCGGAGCUGACGGCGGUGCACCUCAACACGCUCGUGAACGCGUGCGCGGACGCGGGGGACGCUCGGCGCGCCAUGAGCGUCGUGCAGCGCUACAAGCGCGCCUUUUCGGGGGCUAUUGGGCCGUCCGCGUUCACCUACAACCUGCUGCUCAAGGUAUGCACAAUGUUCGGAUGGCCAUCCCCCAUCCCCCGGUUACCCCCCUCGCCCGCUCACUCCCCCCGCUUCCGCCAGGGGUACGCGCGGUCGGACAACCCACUGGAGGCGGUGAGCGUGGCGGAGGAGAUGCACCUGCAGGGGCUGCAGUGGGAGCGCGUCACCUUCAACUACCUCGUCCUCUCGCUUCCCCCUUUCAGCCCCCCCGGCUAUGCGCGGUCGGACAAUCCUUUAGAAGCGCUGAGCGUGGCGGAGGAGAUGCACCUGCAGGGGCUGCAGUGGGAGCGAGUCACCUUCAACUGCCUCAUCCUCGCCUGCGUGCGCGCCGGGGAUAUGGACCGCGCACUCGACCUGCUGCAGGACAUGAAGGACAUGAAGGUGGGGGAGGGGAGGGGAGGGAUGGGCGCGGGGGGAAAGGGCGCUGGGGUCAUGAUGGCAGGGGACAUGGGGGUCAUGGGCGCAGGGGACAUGGGGGUCAUGGGCGCAGGGGACAUGGGGGUCAUGGGCGCAGGGGACAUGGGGGUCAUGGGCGCAGGGGACAUGGGGGUCAUGGGCGCAGAGGGACGUUGGCUCAGAGGUCACUGCCCGCAUGCGCCUUGGCAGGCAGAGGCAUUGAGAAGGGGCGAUGACGACGUGCUGCCAGACGCCGUCACCUACACCACCAUUAUCAAGGGCCUAUCAGAGGAGGGUGGCAGAGACGCGCUGAGGGACGUGGUGGCGGACAUGAAGCGCGCCAGCUGUGGCCUAUCAGAAGAGGGCGACAUAGACGCGCUGAGGGACGUGGUGGCGGACAUGAAGCGCGCCAGCUGUGUGCGCAGCCCUGCCGGCCCCUCCCAGCCGCACUGCCGCGCCCUGCUUGCAGCUGAGGGGCCUUCUGGGGUGGCGGCUGUUGGGGGGGAAGAGGGCGUGAGCAGUGCUGUCAUCCCCGUGACUAGCAGCAGUGCUGGCAGUGCUGUGAUUGAUGGCAGCAGUACGGGCAGCAGUACGGGCAGCAGCGGGGUGGCGAGCAGCAAUCCGCUGGUGAUGGACCGAGUGGCGUACACGGCCAUCAUUGACGCCUUCGUCGCUGUCGGCUCGCCUGAAGGUGCUUGUGUGCGCAGCACUGGCAGUGCCACCUCUAGCAGCAGCAAUCCGCUGGUGAUGGACCGAGUGGUGUAUACGGCUACCAUUGAUGCCUACAUUGCUGUCGGCUUGCCUGAAGGUGCGUGUGUGGCGGUGUGUGCGUGUGUGGUGCUGUGUGCGUGUGUGGUGGUGUGUGCGCGUGUGGUGGUGUGUGCGCGUGUGGUGGUUUGUGUGUGUGUGGUGGUGCGUGAGCGUGUGGUGGCACAUGUUCUCUCCUUAUGCGUUGCGUACACUGCUUGCCACUGCAUCCCUCCUCCUCUCCACUCGCCCCGACACCCACCGCCUUCCCUUCCCCCUCCCAUGUCGCCUCUCUCUCGCCCACUCGGCCUUUGCCUCCCAGACGCGCUGCAGUGCAUGGCGGAGGUGGAGGAGCUGGGGAGAGCGGACGCGCUGCAGUGCAUGGCGGAACUAGAGGAGCUGGGGCGGGCGGACAGAGGCAUGCGGCCACGGGCGCAUGUCUUUCUCUCCCUCAUGCGCUCCCUCGCUGCUGCUGGCGACCUGCCGUCCACGCAGCAGCUCGCCGGCCGGCUGGUGCGCGACGCGGGCGGCAGAGUGUGGCCGGAGGAGCGGGCGGAGGCGGCAGAGCUGGUGCUGGAGGCGGCCACCCGCGCGGGCGAGAUGGGUGUGGCAGCGCGGCUGUUGGAUCAGAUGGAGGCUAUGCACGGGCACCAGCUGCGCAUGUCCCUGCGCGGCAUGCAGGCGGUGGUGCAGCUGAUGGCAGCAACGGGGGCGGGCUUUGAGCGCUUCACGCCCAUCGGCAUCAGACAAGAGCUGUCGCUGCGUGAUACGGUGCAGUCUGUCAUGGUUCCCCUGGCUGACGUGGCAGUGGCCCACCCUGACCAGUCACUGGCGGAGCUGAGGUCAGCAUGGCCAGAUUUGAUGCCUGCUGACGUCAUCCCAGUGAUCAACGGUGCUGAUGAAUGCGUGGGCGUUCUGAGAGUACCAAACCAUGCUGUGGACCCCACAACCCUUAUCAUGCACCUCAUGCUGCCCCCCCCGCCCUCGCUCUCGUGCCUCUCCACCGUCUCCGAAGCCGCUCUGCUCCUCUCCUCGUGCCGCACGCCCCUGGCGGCGGUGGUGGCGGGCAGUGCACGCAUGCGCUAUGGGCUCGCCAAGGAGGCGGUGCAGAGGGGCGCGGGGGAGGAGCGGCGCGUGGUGGGGUUUGUGCGUGCUGAGGCCGUGUUCGAGGGGCAUGGCGGGUGCUGGUGGCACUCUGGGGAGCAGAGGGAGGAGGGGGAUGUUGUGGAGGAAGUGGCUGCUUUGGAGGGUGGUGAUGUGCCCCUUGGUGAAGCUGAUGGUGGGGAAUUUGGAGGGAGCAGCAGCGAUUCUGACUCCCUUUGUAGUUGCGUGAAGGCAGCUUGA